UGGCCUUUGCGAGUCCCCUGUUCGUGCUGCCCUCACGGAUGCAUUUGACUAUAGCCGGAGGGAUCUUUCCAUCAAAUUUCGCAUUUAACCACGCGAGAACCAACCCUCGGGCGAAGCGAGCCGAGAGAGAGGCCCGUCGCCGGUCGCUACCCCUCGCCCGGACGCGCCCGUGGAGGGUUUCGGAAGCCGUCUCUGCCACCAGCUGCGUUCGUCAUCGCGGAGGCGGCGAUGAUGGACUUGGAUCCCAGGCAUUACGAGCACGUCACAAUCAACGAUGGUGAUAUCCGCAACAUCGUCCAAUCUUAUCUUGUGCAUAACUGUUUCAAUGAGACAGCAGAGAGCUUUCUUGCUUGUACCGGAAUGAAGCAGCCUGUUGAUUAUCUUGCGGACAUGGACAAAAGAAAAUCAAUAUUCCGCUUUGCACUGGAGGGAAAUGCUCUUAAGGCCAUAGAGCUGACAGAACAGCUAGCGCCGAACUUACUGGAGGAUAACAAGGACUUGCAUUUUGAUCUGUUAAGCCUUCACUUUGUCAAUCUGAUCUGUUCAAGGAAAUGCACAGAAGCUUUGGAGUUUGCUCAGACCAAGUUGACGCCAUUUGGAAAGGUGCAUAAGUAUGUUGAGAAAUUGGAGGACUUUAUGGCUCUGUUAGCUUAUGAAGAGCCUGAAAAAUCACCUAUGUUCCAUUUACUGAGCCCAGACCACCGACAGAAUGUUGCAGAUUGUCUGAAUCGGGCUAUUCUGGCGCAUGCUAAUCUACCUUGCUAUUCUUCAAUGGAAAGGCUGAUACAGCAAGCAACCGUGGUUAGACAGUGCCUACAUCAGGAGCUUGGCAAGGAUGGGCCUCCACCAUUUUCUCUGAAAGGCUUUCUGAAAAAUUAGACAGCAGAUUGCAUGCUUAGACCCGUUUCGGAUCACCGUGUGCUGCCUACGAUAUUGUUACAAUGCCAGUCAUGCAGAACGUAGCUGCGAGGGCAUGGGCAAUGUGAAUGUUAUAUACUGGGAACAGAUCUCAUGUAUCGGUUUAUCUGAUGCCCGGUCAUGUAUUAUUAUUAUUGUUAUUAUUUUAUAAAAAAAAAGGAAUCAUUGAUUAAAAGCCAGGUGGUUUCUGGUGUGAUGUGAGUGGCUGUUGCUUGUCGUCUACAUGCCUUGAGAGGCUGGAAUGUUGGGGUGUUCUCUUUCCUUUAUUUCAAAAUGCAACUCUUAACUUGCAGCUUGUGAUCUGUCGA